AUGAAAAAACCAUCAGACUUUUAAUUGUUUAUGGUAUCAGUGAAGCUAUUCUUUGGGAUUUCUUACUUAUCAAUGCCAAAUACUUUUGGCUAGACUGGACUUAUUGGUGGAAUCUUACUGUUUACAGUAAUAAUUACUCUAAACACUUUCACAAUGAAUCAGAUUCUAGCAGUAUCAGAACAACAUCAUAACAUUAAAUCAUAUUCUGAGCUAGGUGAAAGAAUUUUUGGUGGGCAAGGAAGGAUUCUAUUGAGUGGAAGCAUAUGGAUAAAAUAAAUAUGUGCAUGCAUCUCAUACUUGUAUUUUAUUGCGACUCAGUUGGAUUUUGUGAUAUGCUAAUAAUCAUAGCUGCAGUAUUGCUAUGGAAAUUCUACGUAUAUGUUGCUUUUGAUUAUCCCAGUGAUUAUUUUGAGUUCUAUUGACUCAUACAAGUAUUUGUCAUAUCUAUCUGUUCCAUCAGUUAUUAUUGCAACAAUUGGAAUGUUUGCUAUAUUUUACUAUUCCUUUGAACAAAUGGCAGCAGGCUUGACCUCUUAAUCUCCAAUAGUCUGGUUUGAUCUAAAUGGAUUUUUCGGGAGAAUCGGGUUAGCAAUGUAUUUGUUUGAUGGAAACGCAGUUGUAAUAAAUAUAAGAGCAGAAGCAAGAGAUAAGUCUAAGUAUCCUUAAAUACUUUAGAAAGCAGUGAUAUUUGCCUUACUGUUGUUCAUUACAUUUUCAACUAUUUGCUAUUCAGUAUUUAGAGAACAGUCUAAACCAAUCUUCACAAUGAAUUUGAAUCCUGAGAAUGCAUUAGUCAUUUUCAUCUUUAUUUGCGUUUGCAUCAAUGCCUUAACAUCAUACCCUAUUUAGAUUCUAGCAGCAUUUGCAAUAGUUGAGAAGCAUGAUUUUUUUAAAUCAGAAAGCAAAGUUAAAGCAUUUCUAAAGAAAUUUAUGAAUCGAGCAUUUAUUAUCAUUGUUACAACUUUAAUAUCUAUGACUGUACCGACAUUUACAGACUUUUUAAAUAUUGCUGGAUCUAUUGGAUCAGCUACUGUCGGUUUUAUAUUCCCAUAAUUACUCUAUAUGAAGUAAUUUCCUUUAAUUUCUACUAGAAAAAGAUUUAUUUGCUGGUUAAUUCUUUGGUUUGGAGCCUUAGGAGGAUCAUAUAGUAUUUAUUUUUCAGUUGAGAAAUUAAUGAGAGGAGAUUACAGUUGA